UUAUCAGUUUAAAUCGAACCUGUGCCGAGUGGCAUUUCCACCACACCCCUUGGAAAUUUUGAGAGUGGAUGAUUCCUAAUAUGGCGGCGGUAUCUGUCAGCAAGAAGUGAAACUUUCGCUAAACAGAGUGGAUUUUUCUUGUUAAACGCGGCGUUUCUUGAAUGUUGGCGGUGGUUCGGCGUUUGCGUCGUUUUACUAGAAACGAUCUUUCGUGUACUUUUUGUGGUCGUCUUUAAUUCUACGGUUCUUUUAUUCUGUAUUUUGCUCUUGACUGCUAGCCGAUUACCAUUAGCUGAGUCAAAAGGCUCUGCUCGAAAAAUAAAGCACAGUGACGUGUAGACAGCGAGAAAUAUUAGCAGAUAUAGCGGGCUUCGUUUCAGAUUAUUGAGUGAUUUGAAGGUUAAAUCGGCGAUAAACAUUUAGAGAGACGUAUGUUUAUUUGGUUUAUUUACAACCAAGGACAGCGCUUCCGUGUUCACCUUACGUCACUGGCUUCCGAUUCAAGUCGCAUGUUUGUCGAUGUGCUCUCUCACCCAGGAAAUUUGAUUUGCUAGCACCUUCUGUACUGGCAAAUCAAUGGAGAAGCUUCAGGAUCUCAAGCAAUCCGAGUUGCAAGAUUUGCUUGAUAACUCGGAGCGGGUGGCGUCAAUGGCACAGGAAUCCGAUGAGAUCCAGAACAUUCAGCUGGAAAGGGAAAUGGCUUUGGCUUCCAACCGAAGCCUGGCUGAACAGAACCUCGACAUGAAACCGCGACUGGAAAGGGAUAAAGAGCGGCUAGUGGCGAAAUAUAACGAACUGGAGCAAGUGAGGGAGAGAUACAAACAGCACUGCACUCUCCGAGAUGGCAUUAUGGGGCAGGUGUCUCCUGACGGGUUAUUGUCUCGUCUACAGGUAGAGGGCGCCAACACAGAGGAAGAGUCAGAGGCUCUAGCUGAUGAGUUUCUAGAAGGGUCCUUGUCACUAGACUCCUUCCUAGAGCGCUUCCACUCUCUUCGCUGCCUCGCUCACAGAAGACGUGUAUGCAUCGAGAAACUGCAAGAGAUUCUGCGCCAAAAGAACCAAGGUGCUGGGGAGUCUGGUGUGACAUCAGAGCCAUGCUCCAAUCCCGAGGCCGGCUCAGUGUCACCGUGGCAACAACAGCAAGCCCAGCAACAGCCACAGCAGAAACCCUGCGUGCGCAACAACCCGCCCAACUGUGCCCUGCCGUACACGCCGUACCCUGUUUCUCCUCCUAACCAACCCUGUUCGGUGUCUACGGCUGCCCCUUCCAACCCCUCUGGUGCUUUUCAGCCCUACUCAAAUCAGGCUGCGGCUUUUACUCCCUCAGGCUACCCUGCUGCUCGGCCUGCCUUUGCCCCAUCCACAUGCCCGUACCCCACCCAACCUGCAUUCCCAGCUGCCCAAGGUCCACCAUUUGGGCAGUUUGGCCCUAGUAAUGCACCCUACCCCAGCCCAUACCCUUAUGGAGUUUAUAGUUACCCUAUUGGCUCCCAUGUGCCCCCAUCUCAGUCACCUACAGGUAGGCCACUCUAUAGGCCAGGGUUCGGUGUACCACAGCCAUACUCCUGAACCACAGUUACACCCCCCAGUUCCCCUCAGUGUCUCCUAAUCUCUAUUCCUUUCCUCUCUCCACUUUUGCCUCCAACUGACACUGAGAUUUGUGGUUUGCAUACCCCCAAAUUAUCUCUUCCUGUUUGAGGCUUGCACAAAAUGUUCGACAGUGGGUUACCAUGUGUUUUUUUUCCCUCUGACACCUCUGAAAGACUUGAUCCAAAAAACUGUCAGAGACCAAAAUGGACAUCAGUCAACUUUGGACCUGGUUCAGUUCCUGGCUGUUCUAGCAUGAUUUCAAAUCUGAGAUUUCAAAGUGUUGGAUGUGCUGAUUGAAGUUGCCAUUAUGUUUAAUAUAAUUCAAUGGAAUUAUGUUGCUAUUUAGCCUCAUAUGUCUACAGUCCAUAAUUUAGAAUCUUGUUUUUCAUUUAAAUAGUAAUGAAAAAUGUCACACUACUUUUUCAUAACAACCAUUUGUCGAUGUCUCCUUUCUGGUUUGUGUAACUGCUUUUUUUUUCCAGAAGGUAACACCAUUACCGCUGACUAAAGACACAAACUACUGUACAAAAUGUCUACAUGUUACACACCAGAUUUUCUGGUAAAUUUUUUUGGGUGCUUUAUUUGACCCUGAAUCAUAUCGUCUCUAUCUUGUUACAAGAGUAGUCAGUUUUGAAUUUAAUGCAACAGCGAACCUUCUCCUUAAUUUCCCCAUUCAUCUCCUGUCUGCUGAAAUGACUUUAUGUUCCUCUUCUCUCCCUUACUCUUUCUUAACCUUUUUGUUUUGGUCAUAUCUCCCUUUUUCUCUGUAUGGCUUGUCGACUUAUGUCAACAGAAUUACGUGGAGGGACUGUUUAAAUACUCUAGGGAUUUAUAUAAACUAAUAAUAAUAAUAAUAAUAAUAAUACUAAAUUAAGGGGAAUAUAAUAUAUCUUUAUUUGCUAUAGCACAGUAUAUGAGUGGUGCUUGAGGUGAAGAAGAAACCAUAACACAGCACAGUGAGCAUGCGAGGGAGUUUGAGCUACAUAACAUCCUUUGGAUUUUACAUACAGCAUUCUAUAAGCAGCUUGACACUGAAAAUGUUGUAAAAUGAAGAUUACACAGCCAAGUUAGCCCUUAGUUUUUUGUUAAAGUGGUUUAUUAGGGCUUCAUCAGUUAUAAAUGUUAUUAAUGACCGCAAAACCUGGUUCACAUGACAUGAACUAGAUGUAAAUGAAGGUUGUAUGUAUCUGUGGAGGUUGUAUGUACUCCCCUGCAGCACCCCCGCUUUUUGGAGUGUGUGUCUUCUAUGUGUUGGCUUGUAGAAUGACCGAUUUGAAUCACAUUUGCACUCCACAAUAACAGCUAACGUCCCUACGGUAAAAGGGCCUGGGGGCGAGCCUACGAACCGCCAGCUUUAGAAAAGAUGCUCUAGGUAAAUGUUUCAAUUUUAUUUUAGCAGUCAUUAUUUUCAACUUGGAAGCAAUCAAAAAAAAAAAAAAAAAACCUAGAUGCAUCCCCAAUCAAACCUCAAGGCUUUAAUGAAUUAACAAACUCAGUAAUUAACACUCAGGUUCGGAGUUAAACCCUGUCAUCUACAGGCUGUCCUCGGGACCCAUAACGAGAGAGAAAGCUGACACGAAAUAAAGGGGAAAUGGGAUAUAUCUUUAGUUGCACACUGUGAUGUGCAGUAUUAAAGAAAAGACAUUCUUUUGGGUUGAUGGUGAUGACUGUAGCCUGUUAAGUGUAUUAUUUUUAUUUUUAUUUCCUUUGGUGUGGAUAUUAAACACUGAAGUUGAUCUAUGAAA